AUGGCGUUAAUUAAUAUCGACGGGGACCCAUGGUUGACCGAUCUGGAUGCCUGUGAAAGAUUGAGCAACGACAUCCAGGCACAGCUUGCGGCUCGGAACAGAGAAAACAUGCUUUCCCGAGAGUACGGCGUCAUAUCAGGCACCAUACGGGUCCGCCUGAAGCAGUUGGGCAGUGAGCUGGAACAGUUGAACUACAAGCUAGGACUUCUAGCGAACUCGAUAACCGCUGCAGAAUCCGAACGCAGGCAGCGAAACGUCGAGUCGCUGCAAUCGAAACUGAUCCAGUUACAGCGUCAAUUCAACUCCACAGCGCCAUCGGUCGAGCGGGAGGCGCUGUUCCGAAUGAAUUCCGCACGCGGGGACUUUGGCGAUGAUGACGAUGAUCCGGCACUAAUCCCCUCGCAAAGUAGCUACUCGGUUGACGAUCUGCGAUCACAGCAAACACGGAUCCUUGAGGAUCAGAACGCAGGCUUGGAUGCGCUGUCGAAGGUGAUCGCACGGCAGAAGGUGCUGGCCACACGAAUCGGUGGUGAAGUCGAUCUUCACAACGAAAUACUGGACGAUUUGGCCGACACCAUCGAGACAACGGCCAGUGGGACGGAGCGUGAAAAUAGGAACAUUGCGAGAGUCACAACGCAAGACUCUACUUGGGGCUAUUGGACGGUGAUAGGGCUUCUGUUUGUAGGAAUUAUCGUUGUUGGUAUACUAUGAGGCGCUGGCCGUGUCACCGAGGCACACUUAUGUGUGCGUUAUCAGUUAUUAUCAUUCUACGAUUGCAUUACUAUCCUAUUCCAUCUACUUGUUCCACAAGUUAUUUUAACUAAAGUCCAAAUAAAAAAUAUAUUUACACGAAACGACCAGU